AUGUUUUCUGUCAAGAGAGGGUGUGUUUGUGAGCCUCAGUCACUGCUGCACUGUGUGGGAGUGUUUUUAGUCAGAAGCAGAGCAAGGAUAGACGGCAUUACAGUCAAAAGAACACGUGCGUGAUGUUAUCGGAGUAACGGAUCAGAUUUUUUUUGUGCAGGUUCGCUUGGAGGAGCUCGGAGGUUUUAGGUGAUGAGGGGAAGCCUUGGGGGCAUCAUUCUACUGGAGGCAAAUUCCCGCUCUUUCUGCAGAAAAUGAGGAUUUCAUGGAUGUUCAUGUGCCUUCUGGUUUGCAAGUCAUCUCAUGGUGCUCAGGAUCAAAGUGAUUCCAAGUGUGACUGGAGCGGUUUGACGAUUCACGACUCUGCAAAUAACAACGUGACUGUAACGUGCCCGUUGACACAGCCCAACGACGAAGAAAUUUCGUUUUACUUUCUUAAAGAUGAAGACGUGAUUCACAACCAUACAUGCAAACAGAAAACGAAUUGCACUGGGAUGAAAUGGGAUGCUGUGGAACUGCACACAAAUGGAUCACAUUGGUUUUUCACACUCAAAUCAGGACACAAUAUCAGAGGACUGUACAGAUGCAACAUCACAAAGACGUACCCUCCUCCACUUAUGAAAAGAUGUGGCAAGUUUCUGCUUGUAAAAGAAUGCCCUCACGCGCCCCUGAACCCCACACGCAAUCCCACAGGAGUCGCACCAAACACAUGCCAAGAAUUUCUAUGGAUUUGGAUAAUGGUGAUUGCAAUUGUCAGUAUCUACGGUGUAACAGUCACCAUCAUUGCACUGUUUAACUGGCUCAAGUUGAAGAACACAGAAAACCAGAGUGACUACAUGAACACCAAACCCAGAGCGCCGAGGGACCGCAAGAAGAAAAAAGGUCUUCAGAAUAUACAAAGACACUUCUAAUGACUUCAUCGGAUCAUUUUGCACAGCUUUAGUUUAGACCUAAACAUUCAGGCUGUCCUCGCUGUAGCUUAUUUUUGUCAAACACAUAAUUGUGAGGUUUGUUUUUUGUGUUUUCAUAUUUCGUUGUCAACACUGUAGUAAAUCUGUACCUACACAGCAAAAGUAGCAUUUUUCUUUAAAGCAAUGGCUGUAUUAAAACUUAAAAAAAAAAAAAAAAAAACAUACACACACACCCUGGGUUUCUGGUUUUGCUCACUUCCUGUUUCACUUACUAAGUCUGCCUGUCUCUCUCUUUUUCUCACACACACACACACACAUGUAAUUGGGAACCCCUAUCUUUGUGGUCGAAACAGAAGGUGGUGUCUGAUAGAGGGGACUUAACCACAUUUGAAGCAUAAAUCAAUGUGCUACACUAUGGACGCUCAAUCUGUUAAAGAGAACUCACAAAACCGCAGCAUCAAGAAUCUAAAUGUCAUGCGAGCUGCUAUCAAAGUGUUUGACUUCUCUUUCACUUCA